ACACACACACACACACACUUGUUCUGACACAUUAUAUAUAAACAUUGACAAACACUGGAAUCAUGAGAUAUAUUAAAUCAUUCACAUAUCUAUGUAUUUAUGAAUGUACAUAUACACACACCCUUAUGUACAUGCGCACAUAUAUAAACACAUAAACAGACACACACACACAGAGGCUGGUUAUAAACUUUAGGAACACAACCACCAAGUCCACUUCUUAAACACACUCACAAUGUUUAAGGAUUGAAAAGUUUCAUUCCAGUCAUUCAGUCUUUAACAAUGUUUCCAGUCGUAAUCAAGUGGACCCCAAGGUUUACAUGGCGUCAGUGAUUGAAGACCAACUUAACUUCAACCACUUAUAUUACUCUCGACAGUAAAUAAGUUUGUAUUUAUAACAAAUUGAUUAUUCAUUCUCAUUAACUGAAUGAAGACUUGAUCGCACAGUGUUACCCAACAACUUGUCAACUUUCACUUUUCACUUCUUUUCUGCACUUUAUUUUCCUAACUGAAUUGCUUCUAAACAAGGGCAGAGUAGGUUGAUCCCAGCUGAUUUACUCAAGGCAUUGCACAUAUUCAGUGAGGAUUAUUUAGGCAAGAAACAAGACCAUCACCUUCUGGUUGUAGGGAUCCUUCAGCUAACCCCUACCAUGGCUACUACUGUUUUAUCUGGAAGACAAACAAAUAGUUCGAAGCGAUCUAAACAUAAAAAGGACAAGCUUGUUGCUGAUGUUGGCUCAGCAGACAGGAAUGGACAUACGGAUCAUCUGUUUUCAGUGGAACGUAAAGAAAAUGACUGUCCCAGUGAACAAAUGGAGAUUUCUACGGAAACCGAGAUGAAUUCCACCUCACAAGAGGAGUCAGAGCCGAAGAGUUCAAGAAAAAAGAAACGGACAGGAUGGAAAUCCAUAAAGAAAGGAGUGUCAGAGUUUCAGCUACAGUCCAGAAAAAUUCUUAACAACAUGAUGACAAAAGUACGACAAAACUCAUCUAAGAGACGAGUGACCAUGGUUGAAAACAUUAACAUAACUCCAGAUUCUAAAGAGACCAAUGGUCAAUGGGCUGAAACUCGAAGACCGUCCAGUUUGGUUGAAUCAAAUCAAUCUAAUCAUUCGUUUGUGUCUUUGGAGAAAUGUCAUCGAUGUAAUACGUAUGAAUCUGUGGUUGUGGUUCAUGACAUGGAAGAAGAAUCGGAUUAAUAUUUACCAUAAGAAUUUUAUCUCUUGUUUAUUUCCUGUUCAUUGUUAGUUGUUUACUGUUUAACAUUCAUUGUUAGUUGUUUACUGUUUAACAUUCAUUAUAGUUGUUCAUUGUUUGAUGUUAAUUCAUAAACAUUUGUAUGUGUGUCGGUAAAGAUUUCCAACAUGUAUCACAGAAUGAUAGGAGAGGAUUAGAGUCAACUAAAUCAUUUCUUACGUCACUAAUAAUAUGUAUUUUAUUGACCUUGGAAGGACAAAAGACAGGCAAUGCCUUAACGGGCAUCAAAUUGUUCACAGAUGUUCAGCACACAAUAAUAUUGUUUACAGAUUUUCAUUACACAAUAAUAUUGUUCACUGACAUUUUUUCAUUCCUUCUUCAUUAUCUGAGUUGUGAUGUCCAGUUUUUAUUACUCACAUAACUAUUUACAUUGUUCAAUGUUUAUUGGCAACAGUUGUUCAUUCUAUGUUUUCCUACAGAACAAAAAGUAUUUGUUUACUAUUUGUUUAUGACUUAUUGAGAAAAAAAACUAUAUUUGUUUUUUGACAAUAGUUGUUCAUUGUUCAUUGAUAACAUUUUACGGAUCAUUGUUUAUGUUUUUAACUAAAAUAAACCAUCAGAAUUUUCAAAGAUUUAA